AUAGAAAAGGAAACAUUUCGCCUUUGCAUUCACCAAAUCAAAAGAACAAACUCAUUUUUUACACCACCCUUUAUGACAAAUCUUGUUUUUCUCCGACAGACAUUAAAAAAAAAAAAAAAAUUUUGUUCACUUCCUCCACUCAUCAUUGCCACUUAUUUUUCUUUCCUAAUAAUCACACAAAACAAUUUCAUUACAUUUUAUAUCUCUAUUAAACAGAAAUGCUCCUUCCACUUUCAAGAACCUUCCUUUUUUCCCAUCCAAGAACCAUUUUUUCUUCAACAACAACAAUGGCGGCUGCUUCUUCAAAACCCCAUUUGAAAGGUAUUGUAUUUGACAUGGAUGGAACCCUAACUGUUCCUGUUAUUGAUUUUCAAGCCAUGUAUAGAGCUGUUCUUGGUCAUGAUGAGUAUGUUGCUGUUAAAUCUAAGAACCCUUCUGGUAUUGAUAUUUUGCACCAUAUUGAAAGUUGGAUUCCUGAUAAGCAAAAGAAGGCUUAUCAAGUUAUUGCUGAUUUUGAAAAACAGGGUCUUGAUCAUCUCCAGAUUAUGCCUGGUGCUGCUGAGCUUUGCAGUUUUCUUGAUUCUAGGAAUAUUAGAAGGGGAUUAAUCACUAGAAAUGUCAAAGAUGCAGUGGACUUGUUUCAUCAACGCUUUGGAGUGAAAUUUUCUCCUGCACUGAGCAGGGAAUAUCGUCCUUACAAACCCGAUCCAGCUCCAUUACUGCACAUUUGUUCAACUUGGGAAAUUCAACCUAAUGAAGUAAUGAUGAUUGGGGACAGCCUUAAAGAUGAUGUUGCUUGUGGCAAACGAGCUGGAGCUUUUACUUGCUUGCUCGAUGAAACGGGAAGGUAUGAUGCCCCAGAAUAUGCAAACGUUGAACACCAACCAGACUAUAAGGUGUCUUCUCUCGUUGAGGUCCAGUCGCUGUUAGAAAGAGAUUUUGAGCUGACAUCCUGAUUUUUCGCAAAUCUUUGGAACGCCACCCUGCCUGGCUGAGCAGCAAGAUAUGGUUUACCCUCGUAAGCCUCCACAUACUGUUCCUGCAUGCAUGUUUCUUUUAGAUUGCAGCGUUGCUCAAGUGGUGGCGACAAAUCCUACAUUUUUUCAAGCCAAAAUGUGGAAAAAUUCUUGUUUGCUCCUGGUGAUUUUAGAGAUGAUAAACUUUUUAUCGACUAGCCAGGUUCGUUAGGGCGAACCUAAAUGUAUUACGAAUGUAGUGUUCUUGUCACCUAUUUGCGCGUGAUGGAACUUAAGGUAGCACGGUUCUCCUACGCGAUCACUCUCUUAUUUCUUCUCCGAAUUCCAACGAUUUAUGUUGUAGCAGCUAGAUUUCUUAGGAUUAACUUAACUUGUACUUGUCAAUGCAAAGAUUUUCUUUAUAUUUCAGAAAUGAGACCAAAAUGGUCUGGGAGUUAUUUGUGCAGCUUCUA